AACAAAAUGUUUGUAGACUAGUCGUGGGAUUAAGAAAGUUAUCCGCAGGACAGAUUCUAUACGGAUAGUUCGGCCAUAUUUUAUUGUGUCGAACCGUUUCAGAUGUUAUUGUUCGUGCGCUGGGUUUACUCGGCCCGAUUGUCAGUCUUUGUGUGUUCGCUCUUCGAUCUUCUGAUUUGCCAAUAAAAAACGUUAAAAUUACAAGUAUAUACGUUUAAUAACGGAAAUAGCUCACCAAUAUGGCUGACGUAAUGAACAUUGACAGCAUAAUUUCCCGAUUGUUGGAGGUGCGUGGGGCAAGGCCUGGAAAGAAUGUACAAUUGUCAGAGAGCGAAAUUCGUGGCCUGUGUUUAAAGUCGCGCGAGAUUUUCCUAUCGCAACCCAUUUUGUUGGAGUUAGAAGCUCCAUUAAAGAUAUGCGGUGACAUUCAUGGCCAGUAUUACGAUUUGCUGCGUCUGUUUGAAUAUGGUGGCUUCCCACCAGAAUCCAACUAUUUAUUUUUGGGAGACUACGUUGACCGUGGUAAGCAGUCUUUGGAAACUAUUUGCUUGCUUUUGGCUUACAAGAUUAAAUAUUCUGAGAAUUUCUUCCUGUUGCGCGGAAAUCAUGAGUGCGCCAGUAUCAACCGCAUUUAUGGAUUUUACGAUGAAUGCAAACGUCGGUAUACCAUAAAGUUAUGGAAAACUUUUACGGACUGUUUUAAUUGUUUACCAGUUGCUGCUAUUGUUGAUGAGAAAAUAUUUUGCUGCCAUGGUGGUCUCAGUCCAGAUUUGUCGUCAAUGGAACAGAUUCGACGUAUUAUGAGACCAACAGAUGUUCCCGAUCAAGGUUUGCUUUGCGAUUUAUUGUGGUCUGAUCCAGACAAAGAUACCAUGGGAUGGGGUGAAAAUGAUCGUGGAGUUAGUUUUACAUUCGGCGCUGAAGUGGUUGGUAAAUUCCUCCAAAAGCAUGAUUUCGAUUUGAUUUGCCGGGCCCAUCAAGUGGUCGAAGAUGGAUACGAGUUUUUCGCCAAAAGGCAAUUGGUGACGCUGUUUUCGGCACCCAACUAUUGUGGAGAAUUUGACAAUGCCGGCGCUAUGAUGUCCGUGGAUGACUCUCUGAUGUGCUCCUUUCAGAUAUUGAAACCGGCAGAUAAACGUAAAAAAUAAGCAACACAAAUAGUCGCUGCUGCAAGUGCACUAACAAAAACAUCAACAGUAACAAAACAUUAUAAUAAUAUAUGUAUGUCUAAACAAGAGUAGAGCAACAACAAACAUAAAAUGAAAUAUUUGUUUAAAAAGUUGAGUUGAAAAAAAUCAAAAUGGAGAGGAAUACAACCCGUUUACAUACAUGGAGCCUAGAGGAAAAAGAUUAACAAUGAGAGAUGAAAGAACAAUUAAAUUAAACAAACAUUUAAUUAACAAAAAUACCUUUUCUUAAAUUUUACUUGAAUGUAAUACAUGUAAUUGCAUGAAUAAAUCAACAACAAACGGCACUUCUUACUCAUUUGGACCAGGGUAUAUGUAUAUCACUCAAUUGAAUUGAUUUAAAGCCUUGUUAGCCAUUGAAUGGUCAAUGAUUGUUAUUAUGUGUAUACAUUUGUAAAAUUUAAAUGCCACAAAAUAUGUGCUAAAUUAAUAUUAUUUCUUGAUUUUAAUUUUGAAUUGGAUAAAUUGUGAAUUUUUUUAUUUAAUUAAGAUGGCUGGGAAGAACAAUUAUAGCCCAUAUCCAAUUUAUUAAAAAAAAAUCUUAAAUUGCUUUAACAUCUACAUUAAAAUAGAGCAUGCAUAUAAUUAUUGUGAUGGAAGCAAUCGACUUGACUUGAUGGUAAUUUCUAAAAACUGAUUUAUAAAUACAAACAAGCUGUUUAACAUUGUAGAUUACAUUAUAUUUGCGACUAACGUUCUUAUUUGUGUAAUUUUAUAUGCCCAUUGCUAUUAAUCCAUAAUAAAUGGUGGAAAUUCAAUCCAUGAUAAAUUGUAAAGUUAACAUUACAAACGAUUUAUACAUUAAAAUUUCGAUAAUUAUACACGUUAUACUUUGGAUUAAGUUAAAUAUUUUCAGCUAAAAUUUCGAUCGUCAUGAACAAUAGCCCCUCAUUAUAGAUACGUUUCAUAUAUAUACACGAACAUACAUAUUAUUAAUAUCUGUAUUAUUAAACAUCCUUUGUAUGUAGUAAUAACUAGAUACAUUAUAUAAUACUUAUUAAAAUGAAUUAAAUAAAUCUUUG